AACCACUACCCUCCACGUGGCAUUACAUGGUUAACUGCUUAUCUGCUCUCAAACACCACCUCCAUACCCAGAAGAAGAAGAAGAAAACAGCACUUGCUGCACUGACUUUGGUUUUCUGUAGCCAAAAUUACAAGCAUGGAGGCCAGCAUCGCUUGUUGUGCUCGUGGGGCUCUUCUUCCCACCGUUUCUUCUCAGCAUUCAAAAGCACUAAUCUCUACGCCAAACAUCUCUGCCUCCUUCACCUCCUCCAGGAGUUUGAAAUCAAGCUCACUUAUGGGAGAACAAUUGAGAGUGGUAUCAAAGUCAUCCCUCAAAGUUUCAAAGACAAAGAACUACUCUCUUGUAACCAAAUGUGAAAUUGGUGAUAGUCUGGAAGAGUUUCUUUCAAAAUCGACAUCGGAUAAGGGACUGAUUAGGGUGAUGAUGUGCAUGGGAGAAGCUCUGAGGACCAUUGCAUUCAAGGUCAGGACAGCUUCCUGUGGUGGAACAGCUUGUGCCAAUUCCUUUGGAGAUGAACAACUUGCUGUUGACAUGCUUGCAGACAAGCUUCUCUUUGAGGCCUUGACUUACUCACACUUCUGCAAAUAUGCUUGCUCCGAAGAAGUACCGGAACUCCAAGACAUGGGAGGACCAGCAGAAGGUGGAUUCAGUGUUGCUUUUGAUCCACUCGAUGGAUCCAGUAUCGUCGACACAAACUUCACAGUUGGCACCAUAUUUGGGGUGUGGCCUGGAGACAAGUUGACUGGGAUAACUGGAAGAGAUCAAGUUGCUGCUGCCAUGGGGAUUUAUGGUCCUCGCACUACUUAUGUUCUUGCUCUUAAGGAUGUUCCCGGCACCCAUGAGUUCCUUCUCCUCGACGAAGGAAAAUGGCAACAUGUUAAGGACACAACAGAGAUUGGUGAAGGAAAAAUGUUCUCCCCAGGAAAUCUCCGAGCCACCUUUGACAAUCCUGACUAUGACAAGCUGAUAAACUAUUAUGUAAAAGAGAAAUACACAUUGAGAUACACUGGAGGAAUGGUACCAGAUGUCAACCAGAUCAUUGUAAAAGAGAAAGGUGUUUUCACAAAUGUGAUUUCACCAACCACAAAAGCCAAGCUGAGACUUUUAUUCGAGGUGGCUCCGCUGGGAUUUUUGAUUGAGAAAGCUGGAGGUUACAGUAGCGAUGGACAUCAGUCGGUACUAGACAAGGUUAUCAACAAUCUUGAUGACAGAACUCAAGUUGCGUAUGGAUCGAAGAAUGAGAUCAUCCGGUUUGAAGAAACUCUAUAUGGAUCGUCCAGGCUCAAAGCUGGAGAGCCAGUUGGUGCUGCUGUUUAAACAAUAAUGUUCGCUCUCCAUGUCUUGUUUUUGUUUCUUUCGGUCGAGUUAAGCUGUCUUGUAUACAGGAAUGUAUGAUAUAGCGUUUCACGUAAAAUGCUCCACUCUCAUGCUCUCAACCUUAAUUUUGUGCCGAGAUAAAAGUUUCUGCCAGUCUUGGCAUAUA